GGGAGUCUAUAUGACUUCCUCGUGACAUUUUGUGAAUCAAUUGAUCUGUGAAGUAGGACUUCCUUUCAUGAUCAUGGAGUUCUUGCCAAAACUUGCAAAAAGCGCGGAGAUUGCGACAGUGGUUUCGUCCUCACUCGGCCUGAGCUCGAAUUGUUUUAGAGAUGUACUCUCAAAGUCAGCACGUGCGUUCAUUAGGACGUUAGAAAUGUUUUACUGUCCUGUUGUUCGUGUUUUCCAAGUGAACUUGAAACGCAAAAUCUUGAACGAAAUAUCCGAGCUUAAAAGUAACCACGCGGUAUGAGAAACUGCGUGACACCGUGCGGCGCCACGUUUGAAGUGUCAGGGCGGGGAGGAGGGAGGGAAGCCCCCACACCGCAAGGCACUCCGGCCGGCGCGGCGCGGCGCUGGCUGGGCUUCGACUUGGCGGCGCUCAAGACAAGUCGGCGGCCCGCAGACGACGCCGACCGACCGCGCUCAAGGCCAAGGUGCUGCUUGUUGUGGGUGCGGGUGCGACGCCCCUGACGCCUCUGAUGACGGCGGCGCCCGGAACCGCGGGACCACCCAUGCUGCCGCAGUGGAGUAGUUGGCUAUCCACACAGUGCAUCGCUUGGACUCGGACGCCACCGGCCCGCGCGUGACCUAGGGGAAGAGCCCCCAUCGUACCUGGAGCAAGACAUCACUCUGGUGCCGCCAUGUCGUGCAACUGCUCGGGCGGCGGCGCCAUGCUGCUGCGCGCCUUCAUCCUGGUGGGGCUCGCCUCCGUGGUCACCACCAUCAUCUACUUGACACCUGUCCCGAACCCGUACUACGCGUCUUGCGACCGGCCCUGCCACGAGCUGGCCUGGCCCAUGAUCUGCCGCUACAAGAUGAGCAUCGAGACCUACCAGGCCAUGAGCGGCGCGUGCGGCCAGUGCCCCGCCAACGCCACGCACUGUCACGCCGCGCAGUGCGUCUCGGGCGACAUGAGCGCGCGCGGCGUCAUGACCGCCAACCGGAUGCUGCCCGGGCCCACCCUCAAGGUGUGCGAGAAUGACAUCGUGGUGGUGGACGUGGUGAACCGGGCCAUGGGCCAGGCCAUGGGCGUGCACUGGGGCGGCCAGAGCCAGCGCGAGUUCCCCUACAUGGACGGCGUGCCGCAGCUGACGCAGUGCCCCAUCAACACGCACACCACCUUCCAGUACAAGUUCCGCGCCGUGGGCGCCGGGACGCACCUCUGGGCCGCCGCGGGGUCCCCGCGGGCCGCGGCCUCGGUGUUCGGGCCGCUGGUGGUGCAGCAGCCCGACAACCGGGACCCGCACCGCCAGCUCUACGACGAGGACGUGCACGUCCUGACCAUGUCCGCCCUCGGCAAGGCCGUGCUGGUCAACGGCCACAGCGAGCUGCAGGUGGCGCCACUGGUCCGCGGCCGGCGCUACCGCCUGCGGCUGCUGCACGCCGGCGGCGCCGCGGAUAGCGCGACCGACGCCGAGCCGGGGAUGCCCGGCGUGGCGACGGGCCCCGUGACGCUGUCCGUGGCGGGGCUGCCGCUCACGCGCGCGCUCACACUGUGGCCCGGGGAGCGCGUCGACGCCGUGCUCAGCGCCGACCAGCCGCCGUCGUCCUCCGCGGCCUUCGUCCUCGCCGUGCACGCCGAGGGCGUCAAGCUGGCCGACGCCGUGGUCACGCUGCCGUUCAAGGAGGUCGACAAGAAGCCCGGCGUCCAGGCGGCGUCCACCCCGGCGCCGGACGCACCCGACGUGAGCGUGGCGGACGUCCUGGAGGGCGCCGAGCUGGAGAGCUUGGUGGCGAUGCCGGAGCAGCUCGCCAAGGGGGAGGUGGACGUGCGCCUGUACCUGCCCUUCGACUUCGUGCCCGGCGUGGGGCUUCGCAGCGAUCUCAGGGGGCCGCAGCCGCACAACAAAGCGGGCAAGACCCGCCUGCCGAUGGGGCUGCCGGACACGCCGUGGCCGCGCGCCGUGCCGCGCGUCUGCAACAUCUCCCUGUCGCUGCCGGCCGCGCCCUUGCUGACGCAGCCCCGCGACGCCGAGGCCUACGACGGCGAGGGCGGCGUGGCGGUCUGCCGGGGCCUCGGCCGGCCUGCCACCUGCCCGUCGCACCUCCACGGCCGGGAGGACCACUCCUGCGAGUGCGCGCACGUCAUCAAGGUGCCGCUGGGCAGCACGGUGGAGCUGGUCCUCGCCGAUCAGGGCGGCGACCACCACAAGGCCCACGUCUUCCAGCUGCACGGCUACAGCUUCUGGCUGGUGGGGCGCGGCGCCGAGUCCAGGACGCCGUCGACGGCGCAGCUGGAGCGCGGUUCCUGGGAGGCGCUGGCCGCUGCCGACCGCCAGGGCGGCCUGCUGCGACGACACCUGCACCGCGCCGUGCUCAAGGACACCGUCGCCGUGCCCGCGCUCGGGGCCGUCGCCCUACGGUUCGUCGCCGACAACCCCGGCUAUUGGCUCCUCCGCGAGCAAUCUUUCUUCCAGUGGCCGUCCGGCCUGGGGGUCAUCCUGCAGGUGGGCGAGGAGAGUGACUUGCCCCCGAUCCCCGCCGACUUCCCCAAGUGCGGCAGCUUCGUCGGACCCGAGUUCUUCCUCAUGUGAUCUGCGCCAUACCUGCCAAUUUUUGCCAUGUCAUUGUUAUUUAUGUUUUUGUUAUUUAUUGGGAUAGAUUUUUUGUGAAGUGUGUGGAGUGUUACCAGUGACCAGUGAAUUAAAAUAUUGAAACACCUGA